AUGAUAUUGAUAAAGGCAGUGACAUUCAGCAAGUUCAACAAGAAGGAGUUGGGGGCUGAGGUCGAUCCGCACACCCCACCUGAACGCUCGGUGGGGUCUGAGCUCUCCACCGACAUUCUCCCAGAGUCCGAUCGCACUCCGUUGCCUCGGACAGCUACGCAUUCGCAUCGCACCUCUUUCCAUGGCGCAGAGCUGACGAAUCCCCUCCAACCGGCGCAAACACUACAACCUGCAAUCACGCUCUUGAUCGGCAUUUCUGAGCCAGACUUGCUACCCACCAUGUAUAGCAACCGCUCCCAUCCGCUCCUCGAGCAGGUCCCCUUGACCGUCUCUCCGUUCAUUUCCCUCCCCACCGCGACAACACUCUCCUACAACUACAAGGCUAUGCCCUCAGCCCUGCCCCCCUCAGCAAUAGGCGUACCAGCCGCAGUCACCGAAGAUUCAGCAGCUGGAGACACCGCCGCAAAUAAAACCAAGUAUGUGAUCUCGCAGUCAGGACACGCAGCCCAUCCGGAAGAUAUCAUCGCCUCGUGUCGCGCGCUACAAGCACACAUUACAAAGAUGCAGGAGGACGCCGAGCGCGACCUGCGGGACCUCGAGACCAGGAUAAAAGAGCGAGAGCUGGCUGAGAAGAGAAGAGUUGCGCCCGGCUGGCUGGACAGUGAAGCCCGGAUACUCGAGCCGGAAAAGGUCGGCGGGCCAUCCGAGGAGGAGGAUGGGCAUCAGACAUCAGCUGUAGCGGGGACCAGUGAGAUGCCGUUGAACGAUCAAGGUGCGGAGCUAGACCGAGUGUUUGGCGGGUUGAGCAUGAAGGCGGCCUCAUCUAUUGAUAUCUUUCACACGGCCAACUUGCCGUCGCCGCGACGGAUUUGCCUGAUCAAAAGCCAAGCCAAGCCAAGCCAGCCAGCCUGGGUGGAGCGCGGCUCCCUGAAUACUUGUACACACUUGGCAAUCUAUUACACCGACUAUAAGGAAAAGUAUGGAGAGGGUCCAGCUGUAUACAGUCUAAGCAGCCUUCAGGAGAUGAGAACAUCGUGCAAGCGGCAUCUCUUCACCACAUCAUCAACCCGUCCAACCAUCGUCGUUGUUCCUAAGGCUUCGUGCCUCGGCGCCCCCAGGGCAGAAGUAGGCGAACACCUGGAAAGCCGGAUGCUAAGGAGACUCGAUAAUCGGGCCAAUAAUCCUACUGUGAUGCUUUGGGCCAUCAACUAUCCAAUGCACGUAUGUAUCGAGUUCCGGAAAGAAGACGUGAUCAGCAGAACCAUCCCAGCUACUUCUGCUAUCGCGUCGCCAGACUUGCUUUUCCAUUUGCACCAGCCUGGCAGCCAUGAUAAUGCACCGAUUGGACUGAAAUCAGGACCCUUGAAAGACUAG